AGAGUAUGGUUUUGAAAUCGAGAUUGUUUUAGAGUUGACUCAAGUUCUUGUAGGAGGUUCCUCGGAUAAUAGGUGACCCAAAUCAGGAGUCAAUUACUUUUGUGAGCCUUACAAAAGCACAAUCACCCCCAUUAAAAACCAUAAAAAUGGAGCUAAGAAUUAUGAAAAUACAGCUGUACUAUAAUAGCUUCCACAAUUCUUCUCUCUCUGAGUGUGUGUGUCUGACUUGGUAUGUUUCUUCACAUUAAUUAUACAUACAACCAAAUAUAAAAACAAUAAAAGCCAUAAAAUUAGAAAUAGAAAGUCAAAAUAAGGGGCAUAGUCUCAACAGCCUAAAGCCCUUUUGCAGCCAUUCUUAAGGAUCAAAAGAGCAAAAACCAAACAACUCUUCGCUUUAGCGGUUACAAAGUCCUUUAAAAAACCUACACCGCUUACAUCUUAUGUAUCUAUUUUGCCAGACUCAAAUUCAGUUUGUGUUUACUUUUCUUGUGAUGUUAGAGAAGAUUAGAGAUCGGUUGUGAAAUUCAAGGUUUAGGAGGCCGAAUUACUAAAUGGGUAAUUUAUGCAGCAAUUCCGGUUCCAAGCUUGCAAAUGGGCAAUCAUCAAAUGGUGCGGGCAAGGGACGAGGUGAUCAAGGGUCAAUUAGAUAUGGGUACACCCUAGUUAAAGGGAAGGCUAAUCAUCCAAUGGAAGAUUACCAUGUUGCCAAAUUUGUCCCUUAUCAAGGGCGUGAACUUGGACUUUUUGCUAUUUAUGAUGGGCAUCUCGGGGAUAGUGUGCCCUCAUAUCUUCAAAAGCAUUUAUUCUCCAAUAUCUUGAAGGAGGGUGAGUUUUGGACUGAUCCAAACAGGUCAAUUUCAAAAUCCUAUGAAAGAACUGAUCAAGCCAUUCUUUCCCACAAUUCUGACCUUGGAAGAGGUGGGUCCACUGCAGUCACUGCAAUUCUCAUCAACGGUUGUAAGUUAUGGGUAGCAAAUGUUGGUGAUUCUCGGGCAGUUCUUUCCAACAAAGGGCAGGCAAUUCAAAUGAGCAUUGAUCAUGAGCCCAAUACUGAGUGGGUCAGUAUUGAAAAUAGAGGAGGUUUUGUCUCAAACAUGCCAGGAGAUGUAGCAAGAGUGAAUGGACAGCUGGCGGUUUCUCGUGCUUUUGGAGACAAGAAUCUCAAGAAUCAUUUGCGCUCUGAUCCCGACAUAACAAAUGCAGAUAUUGAUGCAAAUAAUGAGAUUCUCAUUCUUGCAAGUGAUGGUCUAUGGAAGGUUAUGAGCAACCAAGAGGCAGUGGAUGUAGCAAUAAAGAUCCGGGACCCACAAAAGGCAGCAAAGCAACUAGCUGUUGAAGCACUGAAACGAGAGAGUAAAGAUGAUAUAUCAUGCAUUGUUGUUCGGUUUAAGUGAUGAAAGAAACUCUAUAUAAAGAAUCUGCAUGGAUUUAGGAAUGAGUAUGUGCAGUAUAAGAUAAGAAGAUGUAAAUUAUUGAGGGUUUAUGGUUUGCAGGAUUUGCAAAGGAAAAAAUUACAUAGUUCAUUGCCAUCGUAAGUAUGGUUUUUUUUUUUCUUAAAAUGUUUAUGGAUAUGGAAGUGUUGUUGCUAGUGAUGGUGAGUUUGUUGAUUUUUCGUUUCUUGAAUGUGUAGAUUUAUAUAUAUUUACUUUUGUUUUUAUGGUAAGUUUUGAUGGUAAAAUCUGUAGCAAUAUUUACUUUCCAU